UGCUGCUAUAAGAUUGACUCCACGCAUCAUCAGCACCAAAACUUACAGUCCAUCCAUCCUUGUCUCUCUCCUGCGUGCACACUGGCAUUUUAAGUCCCUGGUCUUUCACCUCCCCCACUCACCCCACCUCCACCGCACAGGAAGGUGGACCACCACUGGAAGGUGCACAGGUGCAUCCCACGCUUAAAUGCUCGCUCUCCGCUGAGUUGAUUAUGGUCACAACCCCCGCGGUGCCAAGGUGGAGCCACCGCGCGUAUCUCGGAUCGGUGCGCUUCUCCAGGGGCUGGGAUGCGCACCGGGCACCUCUCGCUUCCUGCCGAGUUUCGGGUCUGAGCAGGAGUCCAGCGCGGCCCCUGGGCGCCGAGCCCGGAGGACCCAGUCGACCCGUAGCAGGAUGCCGGUAAUGAGAGGGCUGCUGGCCCCGCAGAACACCUUCCUGGACACCAUAGCCACCCGCUUUGAUGGCACCCACAGCAACUUUGUUCUGGGAAAUGCCCAGGUGCAGUCGCUUUACCCCAUCGUCUACUGCUCCGAUGGUUUCUGCGAGCUCACUGGUUACGCCCGAGCUGAGCUCAUGCAGAAGAGCUGUGCCUGCCAUUUCCUGUACGGCCCCGAAACCAGCGACCGGUCAACAGCUCAGAUCCAAGGAGCCCUGGACGACCGGAGGGAGUUCAAGACUGAGCUGGUCUUCUACAAGAAGGAAGGAACACAGUUCUGGUGUCUUCUCGACAUCGUGCCCAUAAAGAAUGAGAAGGGCGAGGUGGUUCUGUUUCUCGUGUCCCACAAAGACAUCUCGGACAAGAAGAAGGACCAGGACCCCGAGCAUGGACCUGACACUGAUGAGGAGACAGGUUUGGAGGUGCACCAGGUAACAAGGCCUCCGGGCUUCAACGCCAACCGCCGCCGGAGUCGAGCUGUGCUCUACCACCUGUCAGGACACCUGCAGAAACAAGACAAGAGUAAACUGAAGAUCAACAAUAACAUGUUUGGAGAGAAGCCUCCAAUCCCCGAGUACAAAGUAGCGGCCAUUCAGAAAUCCCGAUUCAUCCUGCUGCACUACGGAACCUUCAAAGCAGGCUGGGAUUGGUUGAUUCUGCUGGCAACCUUCUAUGUGGCUGUCACCGUGCCCUACAAUGUGUGCUUCACGGUGGUGGGAGGUCGGGAUGAAGGCAGCAGCAGUACGCUGAGGAGCCCGCCCAGCGUCAGCGACAUCCUGGUGGAGAUCCUCUUUAUUUUAGACAUACUGCUGAACUUUCGAACUACAUUUGUGAGCACAUCAGGUCAGGUGGUGUACGAUGCUCGCUCGAUCUGUGUUCACUAUGUCACCACCUGGCUGUUUGUGGAUCUCAUCGCUGCGCUGCCCUUUGACCUCCUGUACGCCUUCAACGUCAGCGUGUACUUCGGGGUCCACCUGCUGAAGACGGUACGGCUGCUUCGGUUGCUGCGGCUGCUGCAGAAGCUGGAGCGCUACUCCCAGUACAGCGCCGUGGUCCUGACCCUGCUCAUGUCCAUGUUUGCUCUGCUGGCGCAUUGGAUGGCCUGCGUCUGGUACUUCAUUGGUCGCAAGGAGAUCGAAAGCCCUGGCUCCUGGGACAUAGGUUGGCUCCAUGAGCUGGCCAAACGUUUGGGCUCCCCAUACUUCCUGUCCCCCCUGACAACACAUGUCCCCACCACUGUGAUUGGCAGCCUUCCAGCCAACAGCACUCAGUGGAAUGUGUCGGAGGUCGGCGGGCAAGGCACCUGGAACUCCAGGAACGAAUCCGGGUCAGGCAGCGGGGGCGGGAGUUUUGGUGUGCUGGGCGGCGGUCCAUCGAUGCGGAGCAGCUACGUGACCUCACUCUACUUCGCUCUGAGCAGCCUGACCAGCGUCGGCUUUGGAAACGUGUCGGCCAACACGGACUCGGAGAAGAUCUUCUCCAUCUGUACCAUGCUCAUCGGAGCACUCAUGCAUGCCGUGGUGUUUGGUAAUGUGACGGCCAUCAUCCAGAGGAUGUACUCGCGCCGCUCUCUUUACCACACUCGCACCAAGGACCUGAAGGACUUCAUCAGGGUCCAUCGACUGCCCAAGGCCCUAGAACAGCGCAUGCUGGAGUGUUUCCAGACCACGUGGUCCGUCAACAAUGGGAUAGACGUUAGUGAGCUCCUGAAGGACUUCCCUGACGAGCUGAGGGCCGACAUCGCCAUGCACCUGAACAAGGAGCUGCUCCAGCUGCCUCUGUUCGAGUCAGCCAGCAGGGGCUGCCUCCGCUCACUGUCCCUCAUCAUCAAGACCUCCUUCUGUGCCCCAGGAGAGUUCCUCAUCCGGCAGGGAGACGCUCUGCAGGCCAUCUACUUCGUCUGCUCGGGGUCCAUGGAGGUGCUGAAGGACAACACUGUGCUGGCUAUACUGGGUAAAGGAGAUCUGAUUGGCUCGGACUCCCUGAUGAAGGAGCAGGUGAUCAAGACCAACGCCAAUGUCAAGGCCCUCACCUACUGUGACCUGCAGUACAUCAGCCUCAAGGGCCUCUGCGAGGUCCUGCGACUGUACCCCGAGUACGCCCAGAAGUUUAUCAGCGAAAUACAACACGAUCUCACCUACAACCUGCGGGAGGGCCACGGGGCUGAUGUGGACUGGGAAAGCAAUGGUGGUUUAGUGAAGAAGCUGCCAUCUAUUCGUGAGGAUGAGGAGGGCGAUGAAGAGGGGAACUCUGUCUCUCGAGCCCCUCGUUCACCGUUGCAUCUCAGCCGGGGCCUCAACUCGCCCCUACGCUCACCUCUCCUGCCGCCGAGGCCUUUUAGGGCUCCCUCCGAGCACUUGCGUCCCGCCACCCUGCAGAUCCCCGUGGUCAGCUUCUGCGGGGUGCCCCCUGAACUCAGCCCCAGUCCUUUCCUUCAUAGGUUUGUUGAUGGCAUAGAAACAGAGAACAGCUCGACAGCCUCUCAGAAAUUUGAGUUCACCCCAAACCACUCACCUGCUCCAUCCUCACCAUACCCAGGAAUCAGAGAGACCUCAGAGAUCAAGCAGAGUGUGUCUAAAUUGACUGAGGAGAUGAACAGUCUCUCUAAACAAGUCUCCACGCUCAGUCAGGAGCUACAGGAAAUGACACGCCUGCUGAAGCCCCUCCUCCUCCAAACAUCACUGCAGCCAAUUCUGACGAUGCCAAAUCUAACGCCGCCGCCCAGCAGCACCAGCCAGCAGUCUCUGACGACAGCAGCACCACCCCCACAACAACCACCUCCACCCUCCGCCACGCCUUGCUCCCUCCAGCGACCCGACACUCACUCCCUGUUGGACAGCGGAGACGUGGAGAGCGUGGAUCUUCCAGGAUGCCUUCUCCCAACUCCUCAUUCACCAAAAAGGCCUCGAUGUUCCCCGGCAGCGUCUCAGCAGCCGACCCCGUCCAAGAGGCCCACCGAUUUCAACCUCCCCUCACCUGAGGAGGGACUACCAGGGAGGUCCCCACUGCCUCCCAACCUCCACGCCUCCUCCAGUAACGGGAUAUUUCUCCCUCCUCUGGCCUCUCACACCCCUUCACCUUCCCUCUCCUUCUCCAUGUCUCUCGCCUCCUCACCCUCUUUUUCCUCUUGCCAAGGCCUCCACCUUUCCAGACCGGGGCUGCUCCCUCCACCUCCCUCCCAGGACACUCCUCCUCCACCUCCUCACCCAUCAUCCUCUCACUGCUCGGCUCCCCCAUCACUCACAUCCUCCCCUGGAGAUCACCGGCAGAGGCCUUCUCCUCCUCCCCCCGUCACCACCUCCCUACAUGCCCAUCCCUCUGCCACGUCCCUGCCAUUGUCUCUGGACUUUGCGAGGAGAGGAGACACCAGGACAGUUGCGCCGUGGUGUAACUCGGAGCGGGAGCACCAGAGGGAGGUACUGCGUCCCGUCACUCACCUGCAUCAGGAGAUGGAGAUGCAAGAGUGGAAGUCCUCCACGGAGCACAUCAGCUUCAUUGAUGAAGAGGAGCCGGCGUAAUGAAGGAGGGAGCAACCGAGUAGCAGAGAUGAGAGAAGAAGAAGGAGGGAGUUCAUAACAGGAAAUAAAAACAGAAAGCUGGUCCAUCUCUCACACAGGAAAUGCUUAAAAAAAAAAAGAAACACACACCUGCGCGGCUGAGACAUAAUCUUAGCUUUCCUGCAGAUGUCAGUGUGAAGAAGCACCUUUCUAUAGACCCACCACACCACCACAGCACAAACUGUCUUACAGCGUCAACAAACCAGUAGCAUGAAUCGAAACAGAGCACAUUGUUUUUAAUUCGGAGCAUAAUUUGCUCUUAAUCCAGCGAACUGAACGUAACAAUAUCGCUUUUUAAUCUUCAAAAGGGCAAGUACAAACUAGGGAUGUUCCUGAUCAGUUAUUGGGGGGCGAUCGGAUGGGAAUCAACCUUCACCAAAGUGUGAUCUUUCAUAGUUGUUCAUUUUAGGUCUGCCAUAAACCCAAACCACGUCAAACCAUCUUCUUCUACUGUUUUGAUGGUAAUUGGCUAGCAUCAGAGCUGAGAAAAAAACAACAACAAAAAAGUCAAACUAACAGGAGACAACUUUUUUGUGUUCAUUUAAGAUUAGAUCAGCCUCAAUACUCAAAUAUCAGAUUGGGUUGAGGUGGGACUUGAUCAGGACAUCCCUAGUACAAACACUCAUAUAUCUCAGCGGAAAAUUAGAAGAGAUAAUCUGGACGGCCUCACUGGUACUGGGAAUGUAAGAUCUUCGUUCAGUCUCAAGUCGCAUCAAGUUGGCAAAUUUUGCUUUUGAUUAUUCAUUUCUUUUUUACAGCUGAUACUGAAUCAUCUCAGCUCCAAACGCGUCCCGUCGCUCAUAUUUGCAAAGAAAACUAUUGGUGUAGUUUGGUAAUUUGGUUUUAAAUUCUGACAUUUUCCUUUCCCUGUAGAAGAAAGAAUACGGACAGAUUGCCUCCAUUUAAGGCCUGUAUGCCAAAGAGAAAGUAAACUAACAUCCCAAACGGCACCCUUAUAAACACAGUUUCUCACCAUCACUACUGUUUACAACCAGCCUAUCAGAUUGUAUAUUAAUCUCAUGCAUAACCACCCUGAGCUUUAGCCAUCCAGCCAUCCGUGCCUUCUCUAAAGCCCUUCUUAAACCUGUUAAUAACAGGCAAGCAUUUGGAUCAAAAUUUACAUAUAAAGCCAUCACUACGGAGAACACGUGCACCUUUAUCUAAAAUAUAACAGACUUAUUUAAUAAUUUUAAUUUUAUGAAAUGAUUCAUUCAGCUGGCCUUUUAUUUAUUUGCUUUUGCACGUGUGGGAGAUGUAACCAGGACCUUCUUAAUUCUUAUGUAGCACUGUUCAUCAUCUCUGACCCAUUUACAGACGACCGAGACGACAGCCGACCACUAAAACUUCAGCGCCCACAUCACAUGGAGGUCUCAGGGCGUUCUGGACAUGUUGUUUUGCUUUAGGUGUUUUUGUGUGCCGAAUGUUGCUUGUAAUAUGGUCAGAUUUCUGGUUUCUAUUUUCUGUAACAGGAGCAGAAGACUCUGGACUCUUUACUCACUGGAAUAAUUCACAGAGCAGAACUCCCAUCAACGUCUUGGGUUCUGAUCCUGGGGCGUUAUCUGAUGUUAGGGGGAUGGCUGGGGGUUUUAAAAAUGAAAUGCAUGUGUUUUGUUUUGUUUUGUUUUUUUUUUUUUGCAUGAGAAAUGUGCCUGCUUUUGAGCUAAGAGUGGUUAGGGAGGGUGUAAUGGGAGUAGAAAACAUCCAGCUCUAAUAGGGGCUGUUGGGUUUCAGAUGUAUUUUAUUAAACACUGCUGUUACAUAAAAACCUAAACCAGGAUUAACUACUCUACAACAAUAAAGAAGAAGUGUUGUUUUGUAA